UUUAAGUAGGCUUCGUUGCGUGGCUUGGCCAAAGUUCAAAAUUCAUUAAAAAAGUCCGACAAAAAGAAGUUUAUAUAUUUUUCAAACCAAUUCAAUUGCCGCCAAAGAUGACUGAGGAGAAACCAGCCCAGAUUGAGGAGAUAUCUGAUGCCGCCGCCGCUGAACCAACCAUCGCUGAAGUUUUGCCAGAUAUCAUCACCAUGGUGGAGCACGUGGCCAACAUUGGUAGCGCCGUAGGAAGACGCCCGCUGGGAUCUGGAAACUGCAAUGAUAUUCCCGAUAUUUCCCAUUGCAAUGUACAUCGCCUCAAGCACGAGCUGAAAGAUAUUCUUGCCAAUCCGCCGCCAUAUUGCUGUGUGUCCAUCAAGGCCCUUGAUCUAACCCAUUGGGUGGCCAUUAUAAAUGGCCCCAUUGAGACUGUCUACGAGGGCGGACAUUUUCGCCUGGAUAUAAACUUCCCUUCCGCGUAUCCGUUUAAGCCGCCAAUGAUACGCUUUGUGACGCGUGUCUAUCACUGCAAUGUGGACAAAUACGGUGCCAUUUGCAUGGAUUUACUGAGAGAUCGCUGGUCGCCCAUUAUCACGGUAUCCAAGGUUUUACUUUCCAUCUAUUUGUUAAUGGGCGAUUGCAAUCCGGAUGAUCCCCUGGACAGCUACGUUGCCGAAAUGUACAAAACCAAUCGCUUGGAGCACGAUCGGGUGGCUCGUUAUUGGACCGAACACUUUGCCAAGCCGGAAGCAAAAAAAGAAGAUGAUGAAUGAUGUCGAAAUUUUUGAUAUGAUACACCCUAUGAAUAGUAUACUAAGACACAACCAUAGAGAUCAAGCCUGAAGUUUCCAGUUCCAUGAAAAAAAAAACCUCUUUCACUGCAAGGCAAUCUUAACAACAACAAAAAUCGUUGACUUUAUUUUCACACCACAAAAAUUUAAGUUGUAAUAAUUAUUUAACAGUUUUUCAACGCUCAUUAAAAUGCUGCAUUCAUAAAAUUUAUAAA